CCCCCUUUCAUACACACUGCCUAACUGCUAGUGAAGUUGUUACAGCUCACAUUACCUGAAUGCAACCGUCUCCUCAACUGGUCAAGAAGAACAAGGCAAAGAUGGGAGUUCAAAUCCAGGAUUCUCAUGGCAGCUGUGGCUGUGGAAGCGGCUGCCUGGGUCCACUGACUUUUCAUUCAGAAGCCAAAGGGCAGCUAGUGACUCUGAGUGAAGAUGGCCGACGGGCAACCAGAGACACCUCAUCUUUUCGUCACGGGCUGAUCUUCAGCAGCCGACCACUGAGGAUCAAGGAGAAAGUGUGUGUGCGGAUUGAGCGCUCUGUGAGGGCGUGGCAUGGCGCGCUGCGAGUCGGCUUGACUAGUGUUGCUCCCGGGUCCAGAGCCAUACCCUCUCUCGCCAUCCCCGAACUGACGAACUCUCCAGGGUACUGGGCCAUACCUGUGCCAGAGCAGCAAUGCCUGCCGAGGUCAGAGCUUAUUUUCUGGGUCAGUCAAUGUGGAACCCUACAUGUAAAGACAGAUGAUGGGCAGAAGCACAGCUUGGAAACCAGCGUGGACACACACAAGCCAAUCUGGGCGAUGAUUGACGUUUACGGGCAAACCAAUGCUGUCCUCUUACUUGGCUCUGCUAAGAAGUGUCUGUUCAGCACACGCCGGUCCUGCCCUGCUCCCACAGUCGAACCCACAGAAGACAACUGUGGCUACAGUGAAAUCCCCAUGAAGAUACUGGAGAGGAUGAUGGGCCAGAAAAGCCUACGAGAACCUGGGAAUCAGGAGAACCUGAGUCUUCCCUGCUCGCAAAGCAACAGCCAGAACACAAGUAAUGAAAGCAUGGAGGAGUGUGUGGUGUGUUACUCGGGCAUUGCGAAUGUGAUGCUGAUAUGUGGUCACCGCUGUGUGUGUUCUCAAUGUGCCUUGAGGGUCGUCAGUGAAUUUGGAACAUGUCCGCUGUGUCGUCAUUGCUUAAAUCCGGCUCACUGUUAUGGGUGCACAUAAAGACGCAGUUGAAAGUGAGAGAAAUGGAGGACACAGUGACCAUAUCAAAGGCCUUUCAUUUCAAUGUUACAUUAGUUUCUACAGCUUGUUAAUAUUACACAUAUUAGUGCACACAGCAAAGGCUACAUUUCAGAGCUACAACUCUAUCUAAUGCACUUUAAAAGCUUUGUAAAAACAGCUUUGGAAAAUUAACCACUACAAACAGUAUAGCAUAGUUAUGCUGAAAUGUUUCAAAACACUGGAAUGCUGGAUUUCUCAUUACUGUGUAAAUGUUUUGCUGUCUUUUUUGUACUGUAUCCUAUUGUAAAAAAAAAUUGUACAGGAUGUGUAAAUAAUGUAUUUAUACAGUAAAUAUAUUUUUAUGUUUAUUUGUAUUAAUUAUUGUGUGAACGUUUAAGCUGUGAUUGUUUUAUUCAAGUGUACAACACUACAAAUAAAAAAAGAAAACAAACGCACA